CCCCGCCGCGCUGCAGUCCAGCGCCCCGCGGCCCGCGCUGGGAGCGGGCCUAGCGCGCACAGCUCGCCUCUCGGCUGGCGGGGCUCCUGGUCGCCCUGCUGCCGCGCUGCUGGCAGCCUUGAAGAGAGUCCGCGGGCGGUGAUCGCCACUAGGUAGGGUAUUUCUGCAUCCUGAAACGAAGAUAAAACCACCAAUCUUCUCUACAAUAGAUGGAGUUUCACCCCUUUCUGUGAACUAAAGCGAGUCAAUGUCUCUUUUGGAUUGUUUCUGUACCUCACGAACACAAGUGGAAUCACUGAGACCUGAGAAACAGUCUGAAACCAGUAUCCAUCAGUCCCUGGUUGAUGAGCCAGCCCUUUCCCAGUUCCCUCCCUCUGCCAGAGCCAGCGAAGUGAUAUGUUCCACCAAUGUUUCACACUAUGAACUCCAAGUGGAAAUAGGGAGAGGAUUUGACAACCUGACUUCUGUCCACCUUGCACGGCAUACUCCUACAGGAACACUGGUAACCAUAAAAAUUACCAAUCUGGAGAACUGCACUGAAGAACGCCUAAAAGCUUUACAGAAAGGGCUGAUCCUGUCCCACCUCUUCCGACACCCCAACAUUACAACCUACUGGACCGUUUUCACUGUUGGCAGCUGGCUCUGGGUUAUUUCUCCAUUUAUGGCCUAUGGUUCAGCAAGUCACCUCUUGAAGACUUACUUCCCUGAAGGAAUGAGUGAACCUCUAAUAAGAAACAUUCUCUUUGGAGCAGUCAGAGGGCUGAACUACCUGCACCAAAAUGGCUGCAUUCAUAGGAGUAUUAAAGCCAGCCAUAUUCUCAUUUCUGGUGAUGGCCUGGUGACACUCUCUGGCCUGUCCCAUCUGCAUAGUUUGAUUAAACACGGACAGAGGCAUAGGGCUGUGUUUGAUUUUCCACAGUUCAGCACGUCAGUGCAGCCGUGGCUGAGUCCAGAACUACUGAGACAGGAUCUACAUGGAUAUAAUGUGAAGUCAGAUAUUUACAGUGUUGGCAUUACAGCAUGUGAACUAGCCAGUGGGCAGGUACCUUUCCAGGAUAUGCAUAGAACUCAGAUGCUCUUACAGAAGCUGAAAGGUCCUCCUUACAGCCCAUUGGAUACCAGCAUUUUCCUUCAGUCAGACUCCAGAAUGAAAAAAUCACGAUCUGGUAUAGAUUCUGGGAUUGGAGAAAGUGUACUUGCCUCUAGUGGGACUCACACUGUAAAUAGUGACCGAUCGCACACGCCAUCCUCAAAAACCUUCUCUCCUGCUUUCUUCAGCUUGGUACAACUCUGUUUGCAACAAGAUCCUGAGAAAAGGCCAUCAGCAAGUAGUUUAUUGUCCCAUGUAUUCUUCAAACAGAUGAAGGAAGAAAGCCAGGACUCCAUACUGUCACUGCUGCCUCCUGCUUAUAACAAGCCAUCGAUGGCACUGCCUCCAGUGCUACCUUGGACCGAGCCAGAAUGUGAUUUUCCUGACGACAAAGAUUCAGACUGGGAAUUCUAGGGCCACCAAAUCACCUUAUGCCCUGUAUACUUGACACUGUCUUCUUGCUGCUUUUUAUUCUGUAUUGCUAGGUACAAAUACCAGAGUUAUACUUGAAAAUACAGUUGGUGCACUGGAGAAUCUCAUUUAAAGCCACUCUGCUCACAGCGAGACAGGUGGGCGUGAGUGGAUAGCCUCUCUGUCUAGCUCAGUGUGCUCUCACAACUCCAGGGAAACAUCCAGAUGAUUCAUCUAGCAACCAUUAGUGUCACUGAGUCUUUAGAAAUGUCCCCAAGCUGUGACUAACUCAUUUCUAUCCUUCUGUAGUUUUUGAGCCAAUAAACUUCUGCAGCAUUUCACUCUCCUCUUGGGCUUCAGCCCUUGUAGGACAGUGCUUCCAGGUACAUCCUGUUUUUCUUCCAGGUCCUCUAGCCUUUUUCAUCAGUUUUUGUUAUAACAGGCUAGUCUACCUUGGCACCAAACCCUUUUUUGGAGAAGAGAAAAUAUUUGUAUUUUCCCUUUUUCUAUUAAUACUUAUGGUAAUAUCAAACUGAGCCUCACUCAAAAUAAAUGAUUCACUUGAAAUACAUAGAGAAUUUGUAAUUUGUUUUUUCUUAAAAAAGAAGAGAGCUAAUUAGGGCACUCUCUUUGAUUUUACCUAUGUAAAUUAUACAUGCUAAAUUCAUGCCCCCUGUGGGAGCUCAAUAAAAGUUUAUUGACUUGA